ACCGGCCAAACUUAACUUGGCCCAUUGUGUCCGCGCCCCGGGAGGAAAUGCGGCGGUGGCCAGGAGCUGACUGUUGGGGAAGAGCCAUCCCAGAAGAAACGCCCGGGGAGAAAAUUGUGAGCAAACUCCAUUACCUUCUCUUUGGAGACUGUGGGGACAUUUCCACAAACAAAAGCACAAGAGUGCUGAAAAUGCUAAAGGCUGUUCUGAAGAAGAGCCGAGAGGGAGGAAAGGGGAGCAAGAAGGAAGCAGGAGGGGACUUUGAUCCAGAGACUUCUCCAGUCCUUCCUCCUGGCCAUGGUGGCGACUUCCCUGUUAGCAGCCUCUCGGUAGCAGAAGACACCUACAGGGUGAGCUUGGCCAAAGGUGUCUCUAUGUCUCUGCCAUCAUCACCCCUGCUGCCGAGACAGUCCCACCUGGUACCAUCAAGAUCAACCAAGAAGUCUCCAGGUCCCGUCAGGAAGCCCAAGUAUGUGGCAAGCCCCAGAGUGCCUGGCGAUGGAGUUACAGUCCCGUUCAGAGACAUGUCCAAGCCAACAGAGCCCAGUGCGAAUGAAGCAAAGGCUGAUAAUGAACCGAGCUGUUCCCCGGCAGCUCAAGAACUGUUGACAAGGCUGGGAUUUUUACUGGGCGAAGGGAUCCCGAGUGCCACACACAUAACCAUUGAAGAAAAAAAUGAAACCAUGUGCACGGCUCCUAGCCAAGGCAUCAGCCCUUGCUCCACCCUCACAAGCAGCACCGCAUCUCCCAGCACCGAUAGCCCCUGCUCGACCUUGAAUAGCUGUGUCAGCAAGACGGCAGCCAGCAAAAGUCCCUGUGAGACCGUUAGCAGCCCUAGUUCCACCCUGGAAAGCAAGGACAGUGGAAUUAUAGCCACCAUCACAAGCUCAUCAGAGAACGAUGACCGAAGUGGCUCCAGUCUGGAAUGGAGUAAAGACGGAAGCCUGAGGCUGGGGGUUCAGAAGGGAGUGCUGCAUGACCGCAGGGCAGACAAUUGCUCCCCGGUGGCAGAAGAGGAGAACACUGGGUCAGCGGAGAGCUUGCUGCCUAAAGCGGAAGCCUCAGUUGGAGAUGGUCCAGUGCCCUAUUCUCAGAGCUCCAGCUCGCUAAUAAUGCCACGGCCCAACUCGGUUGCAGCGACAAGCUCAACCAAAUUGGAAGAUCUGAGCUACUUGGACGGACAGCGAAAUGCACCGCUUCGAACGUCCAUGCGGUUACCGUGGCACAGUACGGCAGGAGGCCGGCCGCAGGAAGCUAAAGGCUGGUCUCUCUUCCCGACAGCUGCAGAUUCCCCCCACGAUCUUCCUUUCACCCCACUGCUCUCACCGGCGAGCGGGACCCACCCUGCCAAGACGCCCUCUGGGUCCGGGGCUGGCUCUCCUGAAACCCAGAGACCAGGAGAAGACUCGGUGAAGUACCUGGCUUCAAAGGUCGUGGCCUACCACUACUGCCAGGCGGACAACACGUACACCUGCCUGGUGCCCGAGUUUGUGCACAGCGUCGCAGCCCUCCUCUGCCGGUCCCAUCAGCUGGGGGCCUACCGAGACCUGCUGAUCAAGGAGCCCCCGCUGCAGAGCAUGCUGAGCCUGCGGUCCUGUGUGCAGGACCCCGUGGCAGCCUUCAAGAGGGGCGUACUGGAGCCGCUCACCACCCUGAGACACGAGCAGAAAAUUCCAGAAGAAGAGUACAUUAUUCUGAUAGAUGGCUUAAACGAAGCGGAGUUUCAUAAGCCUGAUUAUGGAGAUACACUGUCUUCGUUUAUUUCCAAAAUUAUUUCAAAGUUUCCUGCCUGGUUGAAGUUGAUUGUGACUGUAAGAGCAAAUUUUCAGGAAAUUGUAAGUGCACUGCCGUUCAUCAAGAUUUCCUUAGAUGACUUCCUGGACAACAAAGACAUCCACAAUGACCUGCAAGCCUACGUCCAGCACCGGGUCCAGAGCAGCCCAGACAUUCUCAGUAACAUCUCCCUGAACGGCAAGGCCGACGCAGCGCUCAUUGGCAAAGUGAGCAGCCACCUGGUGCUGCGGAGCCUUGGCUCCUACCUAUACCUGAAGCUCACCUUGGACCUCUUCCAGAGGGGACACCUGGUCAUUAAAAGUGCCAGCUAUAAGGUUGUGCCGGUGUCGCUGUCUGAGCUGUACUUGCUGCAGUGCAACAUGAAGUUCAUGACCCAGGCCGCCUUCGAGAGAGCCCUGCCCAUCCUCAACGUGGCCCUCGCCUCCCUGCACCCCAUGACGGACGAGCAGCUGUUCCAGGCCAUCAACGCGGGCCAGGUGCAGGGGGAGCAGACCUGGGAGGACUUCCAGCAGAGGAUGGAGGCCCUCUCCUGCUUCCUCAUCAAGCGGCGAGACAGGACCCGCAUGUUCUGCCACCCGUCCUUCAGGGAGUGGCUGGUGUGGAGAGCAGAUGGCGAAAACACAGCCUUCCUGUGUGAGCCCAGGAACGGGCACGCCCUGCUGGCCUUCCUGUUCUCUCGGCAGGACGGCAAGCUGAACCGCCAGCAGACCGUGGAGCUGGGCCACCACAUCCUGAAGGCACACAUUUUCAAGGGCCUCAGCAAGAAGAUGGGAAUCUCCUCAAGCCACCUCCAAGCCCUGUGGAUCGGUUACAGCACAGAGGGGCUGUCUGCCGCCCUCGCUUCGCUCAGGAACCUCUACACUCCCAACGUGAAGGUGAGCCGUCUCCUGAUCUUGGGAGGAGCCAAUGUGAACUACCGGACGGAAGUGUUAAACAAUGCCCCCAUCCUGUGUGUCCAGUCUCACCUUGGUCACGAGGAAGUCGUCACUCUGCUCCUGGAAUUUGGCGCCUUCCUGGACGGAAUGUCUGAGAACGGCAUGACUGCCCUCUGCUAUGCGGCAGCUGCGGGCCACAUGAAGCUGGUGUGUCUGCUGGCUAAGAAGGGGGCUAGGGUGGACCACUUGGACAAGAAAGGCCAAUGUGCACUUGUGCACAGCGCACUGAGGGGCCACGGCGACAUUCUCCAGUACCUGCUGACCUGCGAGUGGUCAGACACUCCCCCGCUGACAGGCGCGCUGAAGAAGAGCCAGGCCCUACAGCAGGCGCUGACAGCGGCCGCCAGCAUGGGCCACAGCUCGGUGGUCCAUUGCUUGCUGGGAAUGGAAAAGGAACAUGAAAUAGAAGUCAAUGGUGCGGACACACUGUGGGGAGAAACAGCGCUCACGGCUGCCGCAGGAAGAGGGAAGCUGGAGGUCUGUGAGCUACUGCUGGAGCACGGAGCGGCCGUGUCCCGGACCAACAGGCGAGGGGUCCCACCUUUGUUUUGUGCGGCACGGCAGGGGCAUUGGCAGAUCGUGAGGCUGCUGCUGGAGCGCGGCUGUGACGUGAACCUGAGCGACAAGCAGGGCCGGACGCCCCUCAUGGUGGCUGCGUGUGAAGGGCACCUGAGCACCGUGGAGUUCCUCCUUUCCAAAGGCGCCGCUCUGGCUUCUCUGGACAAAGAGGGUCUGUCAGCGUUAAGCUGGGCUUGUCUGAAAGGCCACAGAGCCGUGGUCCAGCAUCUAGUUGACGAAGGAGCCGAGAUAGACCAGACGGACAAAAACGGCCGCACACCUUUGGACCUGGCCGCCUUCUACGGGGAUGCGGAGACGGUGCUGUACCUGGUGGAGAAGGGCGCUGUGAUCGAGCAUGUGGACCACAGCGGCAUGCGUCCUCUGGACAGAGCCAUCGGCUGUCGAAACACAUCUGUGGUGGUGACGCUGCUGAGGAAAGGGGCCAAGUUAGGAAACGCUGCCUGGGCGAUGGCCACUUCCAAACCUGAUAUUUUGAUUAUCCUUCUGCAGAAGUUAAUGGAGGAAGGAAAUGUGAUGUACAAAAAAGGGAAGAUGAAAGAAGCCGCCCAGCGCUAUCAGUACGCCCUCCGGAAGUUUCCGCGCGAGGGGCUCGGAGAGGACAUGAGGCCGUUCAAUGACUUACGAGUGUCCCUCUAUCUCAAUCUGUCUCGCUGCCGGAGAAAAACAAACGACUUCGGCAUGGCAGAAGAAUUUGCUUCCAAGGCUCUCGAGUUGAAGCCCAAGUCCUACGAAGCCUAUUAUGCCAGGGCCCGGGCAAAGAGAAAUAGCAGGCAGUUUGCAGCAGCGCUGGCUGACCUGCGGGAAGCCGUGCAGCUCUGCCCCACCAACCAGGAGAUCCGGCGGCUCCUGGCGCGCGUGGACGAGGAGUGCAGGCAGGUGCAGCGCAGCCAGCAGCUCAAGCAGCAGGGCCCUGCGCCGGCCGCGCCCCACGACUCGGAUCACGAGGAGGACGCCUCCACCCCGGACUUCAGCGACCCCUUGCCUCUGGAAGAGGCCGAAGAGGAAGAAACUUCCCCCCGGGAAGAAUUGAGUCCCCCGCCACCGCCAAGGCCCCAGCCGUGCUCCUCGGGCCCCUCCCCGUACAUCCGAAACCUGCAAGAGGGCCUGCAGUCCAGAGUCAGGCCGGUGUCGCCGCAGCUUCGGGCGGCCCCGGGCAAGGCCCUCCGGGAGCCGCUCGCGCCGCCGGGCCUGACCAUGCAGCCCUCCAAGCAGGCGCAGAUCGUGAAAACCAGCCAGCACCUGGGCUCGGCGCCGCCCGCGGGGAGAAGCGGCAGCGUGAAGCUGCCGGGGGCUUCUCCGAACCCUCCCCCGAGCCCCAUGCCAGGCAGACCCUCCGCCUCCACCGGCCACCGGGGCCCGCACGUCGAGGGAGUGGGUCCUUGCCCCGCGGCCACCGGCGCUGGCCCUUUUGGGGAUCGACUGGGCUCUGGCCCAAAUGCCCAGCUGCCACGCAGUGACAGUGGCACCGGGUACCCUUUGCCAAGCAAGGUCAAGACUGCAGAGAGGCUUGUGUCUCAUGGCUCCGUGGCCGGGGAUGUCACCCCGCCAAGCCAGGCCGGGCCAGCUUCCCUGGCCAGCUCGGGCUCGUCCGACUCUCCUUCCAGCAGCAUCAAGAUGUCCAGUUCAACCAGUAGUUUGGCGUCCAGCAGCAGCUUCUCUGACGGCUUCAAGGUCCCGGGAGCGGAUGCUCGAGUUAAGGAGAAGGUGGCUAACCAGGGCCCCGGCGGUCCCGGGGAACACAGGCCACGCACCACCCCGUUCAUGGGCAUCAUGGACAAGACGGCGAGGUUCCAACAGCAGGGCCACCCUCCCAGCCGCACCUGGCACUCGCAGGUGGCCGAGGGCCUCCUGAGCAGCACAUCACCUGCAGCUGGCCUGCAGCCCUCAAACUCAGAGAGGCCCUCUCUCAGACCAACGGGGGGCUAUGGUAACCCAGCCAAAACCUGCUCCGUUUCUACCCUGGGUGGAAGCGUCCGCAACGGGGCCCCGGGGAAGGAACUAGAAGAAAAGUGCCAAAUCCCAGUCCACUGUCAAGAAGGCAGGGUGGCUAAGACGGUUUCUCAUCUGUACCAAGAAAGUCUCUCCAAACAGCAGCCUCACAUCGGCAGUGAAGCCCACAGGAGUCACCUCUCUUCAGCAAAACCAAAGCGAUCGUUCAUAGAGUCAAAUGUGUGAGCCUUAGAGAGACCCGGGGCACAAUCGGAAAACUAUUGGCUCCUGGUGGUGAAUAAUCAUUAAAUGUUUUGUUGUUGCGGCGUGAGUGGGUUGUUUUUUUUUUUUUAAUCAGAAAAAUGCCUUUCAGCCUCGCUUCCCCUCACCCCCCUUAUUCUCUGGAGUGGCUCUGGUGGCACUGAUCUUUUGGAAAUAGGAGAGAAAAUGUCUUUCAGAAACAGCUGCAAGUCACCAUAUAUAAGAAUGUUAACCUGAUCAAAGAUUAUCAGCUACAACUCACUAUGCUUAUGAAAUUAGAAAUGAAAAUGGGCCAAAAUAUUGACUCAUGCUUUUCUCUUAAACUAGCUGUUGUUGUUUUUCACGGCCCUCUUAGCUUUGCUGUGUGGUAAAAUCUUAAUACUUAGAGAACAGAAAAGUUUACUGUUAAAGAAUGAUACGGUCCACUCAUAGUAUCCGUAGGGUGGACUUUUCAAGUGACAGUUCCACUGAGUCAAAACUAUAAUACAGAAAUUCAGACUGAAAAAAAAUAAAUUCAGACUAGACGCCUAACCGAAUAGAAGUACAGCUGUAAACAUAAUACACUUCAUUAUUUUUUCUCUGCAAAGCAAAACAGAACACCCAAAUACUGUUCCCUUCAUACCUGUUCUCUUAAAAGGAUUAAACACUUAUUUCAGUGUUGUGGCUCUUAUUCAAACUAUUUCUACAACACCUUUUUGGAAGUGUCAUUUUUCAAGGUGUUUGUGACAUUUGGAAAUAAGUGUAAGACAUUUGGAAUCAAGAUUGGUGGUCGAGAUGGGUUUGGGUAGAAGACAGGCCAGCAAGCUUUAGAGCUUGUUAAGUUGGCUCUUCACUGGCUCCCAGACACUCCUGGGACACGCCUUCCAAGGAAGGUCUUUCACAGACGAUAGUUGACUUGGAUGCUUAAGGUGUGGUUGGUUGUUGCUUUUGUUUUGUAUAACCUCAUUACAGUCAUGUGCUGUACAUAUUAAAUAACCAAGUUUUAUCCAGACUUGUAAAUAUAACUGUUUUAAAGUAGUUAACCUUAAAAUAAUGUCCAGUUAUAUAUUUGCAUGUUGUUUGUAAGCUUCAUCCAUGCUGGUUGUUGCACUGAAUGAUAGGAUAGCAUGUUAACAGUAUACCAGGAACAGCACUUUAUCACAUUUAUAUGAACACCAUUGAGGUGCUACUUAAGUCCAAGCUGAUGUAUUAUUCGUUUGUAAAGGUAGGUACAGGAAUGAGCCUUGGUUUCAAGGUAUUUUUAUAUGAAAAUGGUGUUAUUGGAGGAUGUUAAGAUGCUAGUUUGAGAGAGGGGAGUGCACUUGUUUUAUAUGUUGGGAUGUGAGAGUUAUUUUCUAGAAUUGGGGAGAAGUUCUAUAUUUACAGAAUGUUUUUUAAAAUGACACGUAGUUGUAAAGAUGUUAACCGGGAAGCAUCCAGCAGUGUUUUGUACAAGUAGGAAUUUCCUGGUGUCUUCCUUCAGCAUCUGUUCCUAUGUACAGUGUACUUUAAACAAAUAGCUUUAUAAUUUUUAUAAGCUUUUUAUGAGUUCUGCAUAUAUAACUAGUAUGGCUUAUUUAUUGUUUUCUUUAGUAUUUGUGGAAGUCUUUUGUCAUGUAGUUCCUGCACAACUACUGUACUUUUCCACAUGGAAUAAAGACUCUGAACUGA